AUGCCAUUUUAUCUCAGUGUAGACUCAUGCAACCACCACCACGGUCCGGAUUCAGAACAGCUCCAUCAGCGCUGCUCUCCUGCCCAGAAACAGCCACUUCCCUCCCUCCUCUGCUCUCUAACUCCUGGCGAUGGUGAUCAAUUUCUGGUCAAUGAACAAUUACUGAUCCUUGUGUGCAAGCCGCCAUGCCAAGCCCAGGAGAAUCUUGACAUAGAUAUAAAUGAAAUAAACAGGAAAGCCCAGUGGUUACAAACGAGUACAGGCGGGAACCAGACUAACCGGGUUCAGCUCUUGGGUGUGCCGCUUACCAGCUCUGUGACCUUUGGCAAAGCACAACGGCCAGGCUUCCAAAGUUCACACGUAUAUCCGAGCACCUCAAAAGAAUUUAAGGCACAGAAAAAAAGCAUACCAACAGGUGAUUACAGCCUGAAAGCACACGCUGUCCAGAGUCUUUUCAAUCCUAAAAGCAAAACACCUGGAUUCGGUCCUGGACGGCCCCCCACCCCCACGCCCAAGCACCUGUUUCAAUUUGGCCAUCACCUCCCACUCAAGCGCAGAUGGGAGGACGACGCCCUCGGGGCUCUAGGGAACCUCCCAAUCGGCGCGGGGUCUUGGGGGCUUAGGCUUGGGGGAACCUCAGUGGAGCAGUGGUUUGGGGCUCCCAGGAUAAGUGGCUCCCUAAGUCGCCUUCCCCGGUUCCCAAGGAAGGACUCCAAGCCGCCACCGGAGCCCAGUGCCAAGGCCGGCCUUGGGAGAUGGUGGGCGCUGGUGACUGCUGCAGCCACCUGGAGGCGGGCUGUCGCCCACGCCCCGCGUGCACCGCCCCCCAGCCGCAGGGAGCGGCCGCACCCGCCCCUCCCGGCCGCGGCGGGGGCGGGCAGCUGCGUGGCCCCCGGGCCUCGCGCCCUGCAGCUGCCCCGCGCGCCGCCCUCCCGGGCGGGCCUCGCGGACGCACACCUGCCCGCGCGCGAGGCUUCUUUAGGCGGCGGGCAGGCGGGCGGCCCCGUGCGGGAGUCCAGGCCAUGGAGCCCACCCGGGAGCGCGGCCCGGAGUUGCGGGGUGAGUGCGCAGGACCCCGGGGGCCCAGCGGCCAGGCCUCUAGAGCUCGGGAGGGAGGGUCGGGGCUGGGAACUGAUGGGGAUUCGAGGGGGUGUCGCGGGCCAGCGGGGUGGAGGCAAGUCCCCUGCUGCCAGGCUGGAGGAGGACGAGGAAGCCCUGCAGAAGUCAGUCCCCUACACUCAGGACGCCCCAGGCAAGGUCAUGCCUCUUUCCUGCACCAUCUCUGGGGAAAAGCAGCCGUCAGAGGCCCCCGGGGAAGGGGCUGGGGCUGGGAGAGCCUGCCAGAGGCCCAGCCCAGGGGCUCUCCAGGAAGACAGGAGCCUAGCCUCGCCUAGACCCCAGCCUCAGGGGCAAGGGCCUCCCUUCCCAGGGACGGAGGGGAGGCUGGGGAAGAGGCCCUACUCUCCAGCCGCCGGCGAGCAGAAGAAGCCUAGGGAUGUGGGUCCGUCCUCGACGGCAUCUCCCAGCAGCGCUAACCCGGCCCGGGCCACGUACAACCCGGUGCCUUGUGGGCUGGGCAGGGGGUCCUGCCAUGCAGCCAACCUCCUCAACACACUGGCCCAGAACAACCAAAACCUGGAGAAGGAGAAGAGGUCCCCGGAAGUGACCUGCCAGGUCCGGAAGAAGACCCGCACCCUGUACCGCUCGGACCAGCUGGAGGAGCUAGAAAGGCUGUUCCAAGAUGACCACUAUCCAGAUAGCGAUAAGCGCCGGGAGAUCGCCCAGACGGUGGGGGUCACCCCCCAGCGCAUCAUGGUGUGGUUCCAGAAUCGCCGGGCCAAGUGGCGAAAAAUGAACGGGAAGGAGAAUAAGGACGCACCUGCUGGUCCCACCCUUACCCCAGCCCCCGCCAGCAACCAGUGCAGCUCUGUGGCCGAGCUGCCACCUACCGAGUCCACAAUCCUGGAGCCUGGGGCCCUCCCUCAGGAUUCCCUUCCAGAGCCGUCCAUGCUGCUGAAGUCUGACCAGACUCUGGGCCCAAACCUGCAGAAUGAGGGCCCCCAGAGAAGGCCUGUGACACCCCCACUCUUCAGCCCCCCACCUGUCCGAAGAGCCAACCUUCCCUUUCCCCUCGGCCCUGUGCAUGCCCCCCAGCUGAUGCUGGAUACCCUAAGCAGCGACAGCAGCCACAAGGAUGGCCCUUGUGGGUUGUGGGGAACAAGCAUCACUCCACCCCAUGCCUGCUCAUACUUGGAGGAUCUGGAGACCCAGGAGUACCAACCCAGCAGCAGCCAGCCAGGGCCGUUCUUCUCCCAGGCGCCACAGACCCAGUUCUUCCAACCCCCGCAGCCCCAGUUUCCAUACCUGCACCCCUUCCCCUUGCCCAGCUCGCUGACUCCGCCGCUGCCCGAAGACCCUCUCUUUGCCUUGUCCAGUGGCCCCAGCGGGGGCUCAUCCCAGGGCUAUUUCCCAGGCCCUCCGUCGGGGCCCGUCCUGCUGCAGCCGCUAGCCGGGAACGUGGGUGCGGUGCCCUGGGCCGACCCCUGCCUGCCAGACUCGCCGUUCCCCAGCGCCUUCUGUCUGCAGGCUCUGGGAGGCCCCCCAGGAGGGGACAGCUGCUUCCUGGACCUGUUUGCUGCUCCCUACGCGCAGGCUUCGGGAAGGCCGCCUUCCCCGGGCCUCACCCAGAUGCCCGAGAGCACCCCGCCUGCAGCGGGAAGACCCCUGCUCGGCCAGGCCCAGGAGGAACCACUGGCCGCCCCAGGGGAGCGGCCCCCGGCCCCCAAAGAAGAAGACAAGAGUAGCCAUGGCCCCUAG